UUUUUUUUUUUUUUUUAUUCCUGUCAACAUGGAUUAAUAUUUAUUUUAGAUUUGCUGACACGAUAGAAAACAAAUUCAAUGGAAUGUUAUUGAUGCAGAUGUUGGGUUGUACCGUAGAACUUUGCGUUCUAUUAUUCCAAGCACUUUUGUUGAUUACCGAGGAAAAUCAGGAAUUGUUCGUGUUUCAAAUGUGCUUCCUGACUCUUUACAUAUCUUAUAUUCUGUUACAAAUUUACCUAUACUGUUACAUAGGAGAAAAAUUAGUUUCAGAGAGCUCGAGAAUGGCCAAUGCAGCAUACGAGUGUGAAUGGUACAAUAUGCCUGCCAAGGAAGCUAAGUGUCUUAUUUUAAUAAUACAUCGAGCACGAUCGCCAUUGUGCAUCACCGCUGGUAGAUUUUGUUCAUUCAAUCUUCAAUUAUUUACCAAAAUCUUGAAAACGUCAAUGGGUUAUUUGUCCGUCUUGUACACAAUGAAAUCCAAAAAUUUAGAAUAAAUCCAACAUGUCAGCCUAAUUUAUUAAAUAACAUAAAUACUUAGAAACAAUUGGAAUUACAGUUAAAUUAUAC